GCAUAUAUAUACCGAAAAUGCCAACCAGGCAAUGAAGGUCACGAGGCACGAACAUUACGGUCCCCUCUCUCUUUCAGGUUCCAGAAAUCAAUUUCCAGUCCCUUCUUACAUUUGAUGCUGAGGAAUUUAAGCUUGUGAUUAUGGAUCAAGUGGUCAAGAGGGAAAAUGAAGAGGAGGAGAAGGCUGAACCGAUGGAAACGGCGUCGUGCGAGGAGGUGGAAGACGUAAUUCUGGCGGAGCUGUCCAGGUCUUCCAAGCUCAAGCCCAGGCCCUCUUCCUCCACGGGCAAUCAAAAGAAGCCAAUGGAUAAAAAGGAAACGCUCUCGAGCAUCAAGAAAGGGCGUUCGGAUUCGAUGAUGAAGCAUGCUGUAACGAGUCAGGCAAUGAAGACAAUGAUAAGCUCUAUGAAAGGUAAAGCUGCGGUUGAUGGACUUGGUGGAGCCAGGUCAUCAGCACUGAUUCAAGCUCAGGAAGUUCGGUCGAAUCUUCCUCCUGAAUACCCUAGCUUUGUGAAAUCUUUGGUCAGAUCACAUGUUGCUGGUUGUUUUUGGAUGGGGCUUCCCGGGGCGUUUUGUAAGGCAUACUUACCAAAUAAAGACACUACAGUCAUUUUGGAAGAUGAAUGUGGAAAACAAUAUGAGUUGAAAUACAUUGCAUACAAGACUGGAUUGAGUGCUGGUUGGAGACAGUUUUCUGCUGCACACAAAUUGCUCGAGGGAGAUGUUUUGAUCUUCCAAUUAGUUGAACCUACCAAAUUUAAGGUUUACAUAAUAAGGCCAAAUGUUUUAACUGAAGUGGAUGGGGCUCUUUUGCUCCUAAAUUUGGAUGCUCAGACAAAACAAAGUUGUGCAGGUUCCAGUAAUACAAAGAGGAAACGGCCAAAGCCUCAUCAUUUUGGUCUCUUUGAAAAGAAGAAAAAGAUUGGCCUGCCAAGAUCUGUUACUAAACUUGGACAGCCAGCAGAACAAUCUGAAAACGAUAGUGAGGAGGUUGGUUCGGAGGUUUUGGAAGGCUAUAAGUUGUCUGAGCUAGCUAUCCAGUUCAAAGACAUCAAAAGUUUUCAGAAUUUCAGGAUUCUAGUAGAUGGAAUUCCUAUGGAUUCUGAGUUCUCUGAGGAUAUUCGGAAGAAAUACUACAAGCUCUGCUAUAGUCAGAAAGCAUUUAUUCAUGACGGUCUAGUCAGCGGCAUCAAUUUUGCGUUGAUUGUUGGGAUUAUUUUUGAGACUGUUAAUAUUGCGGAUGCCAUAAAAGCUAGCAAGCUUACAACCUCGCGGGAGGAGUUUUCUGCUUGGGACAAGACUUUGCAAGCCUUCGAGCAUUUGGGCAUGAAUGUAAGGUUCUUACGCUCCCGGCUCAGACGGAUUGUAAGCCUUGCCUAUGAAUCAGAAGGUGCCACAAAUGCAAGGAGGUACUUAGAAGCUAGAACUGAACGAGGUCGCACAGAAGACGAAAUAAGCAAUAUUGAAGCAAAACUAGUGGAAUUAAAGGAAGCCUGUUAUGGAUUUGGUUCCUAUAUUGAUAGCCUGAAGUCGAAAGCUGAAAGCUACGACCUCAAGUUCCAGGUAGAGGCUACCGCUCGAUGGUGACAUUGUCCAUGUUAAGUGCCAAAUGAUCUGUGACAAGGAGCUUUAGAUACAGGCAAUAGUUGAACGCCAUGUGGAGGAGGAUCUUUACUGGCUAGCAAUUGCCUCAACCAUUUUUAUGAUACUUCUAUUCUCCCAUGUGUAACAGUAGCGGCUUAUCAUGAGCAAAUUAAUUACUGCUUUACCGUUGAAACUGGAAAAAGUAUCUAAUAUGUUAAAUUCCAGGAAAAGUGCCGAAACUCUGGCCUUGAAUU